AUGUCCAGUCAAACGCCUGUACUCUCAACUGUUUCAUCUCCAUCCACCCAGUCAAGCGUGCCCAGGCCUUUCCCUUUGUGUCAUGGCACCACAACCCUGGGUUUCAUCUUCCAAGGUGGGGUCAUUGCGGCUGCAGACACACGGGCCAGCGCUGGUGGGCUUGUUUGCUGUUCAAUUGCCCAUAAGAUCACUCCCAUCCACUCCCAUUUGGUGGUCACCUCCUCCGGCAGCGGUGCGGACUGUGUGCUAUGGGAACGAAUUUUAGCAAGAGAGAUCCGACUCUACCAGCUACGGUACAGGCGCUGCUUGUCCAUAAGUGGUGCUGCCAAGCUCCUGUCAUUCAUGCUGCACCCCUUUAAAGGGACUGAAGUGUGUGUGGCCCUCACACUGUGUGGCUGGGAUAAGAGUGGCCCGAGGCUGAUAUACGUGUGCAGCGAUGGCACCCGAUUGCAAGGAGACGUCUUUUCUGUGGGCUCAGGUUCUCCUUACGCUUACGGAGUCCUGGAUGGAGGCUUGAGGUGGAGCCUGGAUAAAGAGGAGGCGGUCGUCCUGGCCAGAGAAGCUGUGUUCAGAGCCACUCACAGGGACGCCUACUCGGGAAACAACGUGGACCUCUUCCACAUCACGGCCCAGGGAUGGAGACGCAGAGAGAGGGAGGAUCUGAAAGAGGAAUAUUACAGAGACAUGGAGAGGAGAAUGAAGAAAGUGGAGGAAAGAAAAAGAGUGACACGUUAA